AUGCCCAACCCCAAAGGAAAAAUGAAGUGGGUCGCGGUGCUUUCCGUGGCCUUCUGGGCCCUAGCUGGUGCGGUCAAGCAGCAGAGGCCACCACCCUCCGCCAUUCCACAGGAGGAGCCUCUGGCGAGUCCUCUCACUCCGGGGACAAACUCAUUGCCUGCUGUGCAUGGCUGGUGGUUCUACGCCCUCUGCGUAACCGCAGCCAUGACUCUCGUGUUGGGCCUUGGCAUGUUCUACUUCCAGGUCUCCCGGGACGCGGAGCAGCUCCUGAAGAAGCGAUUUGCUGCGGCAAACGCCGAGGGCACCUGCGCCCCCACCCGCUGCCAGGACACCUUGCCAUACGGUGUCCCUCAUCCACGUGAGUCCAGCAUCGCGAAGUCACUCUUCGACCACACACAGGCAAAGACGAAGGACAGCUUCGCGAACAAUGGGUUGACGAAUCCACGGCUGAUCAUGAUCGGCCAAUGA